AUGUUUCUCAAACAGCAAGCGGCACUUCUGGCAGGUCUGCUUCCACUAGCAAGUGCAUACCGACUUGUGUUCUAUACUGGCUUCGAUUGCAAUGGCGAAAGGCUCCGAGCUCGACAAGCAGUUCAAGACGGCACUUGCUACGACCCUAGCCCUCUAGGUUCGCAAACCAGCUCCGUCCUAAUCGUUGCUGAGGACGGCGACGAUCCCCUGUCGACAGUGGUGUUCUUUCCAAAUGAUGUUGACUGCGCUCUCGGCGAGGCCAUCUCGACUGGCAAUACCGGCUGCGUCAACGUCUACCAGGGAGACUCGUUUGGAGGAUUCACUGUCAUCAGUGGAGAAACUAAGCGAAGAGAAGUUCAAGAAGAAGCCCCCAUCUCUGCCAUAGGCAUCACUCAUGGCGACUUCUUCGAGAUGGAUGGCGAACUAUGGCGCUGGAACCAGAUUGCCCAGGAUACCUUCUCUGGUGUUAAACCUGAGGAUUGGUCCGGCACCGCUCGCCUUGCUAACUUUGCGCCUCUUGAGUAUGGCAGAGACUUCCCUUUCAACUUCACUCAAUACGAUCUUGAGAAUCCGUCGUCGUCCAUGAUGGAACGCGCUGUCACCGCCGCUUCCGGGCUGGAUGCAGACUCUACUCCGAACUCUCUCCGUGAGGCAGAAGAGCUGUUCGAGCGUCAAGACGUCUGCCGGAGAAUCCGUGAAUGCGUCUAUGGUUUCCCUAUCCUGGCCAACUACUACUUCCCUGAGCAAACCGAACGCCGUCAAUCAGAUCAAUGCCGCAAAGCCAGCAGCGGAGAGCAUCUGGAACUUCCUAAAGAAUCCAUACGUUUCUAG